AGAAAGAACGAGUGACAAAAUGGCCGACACGACGUUACUUCCUGUCAAAUAGAAAUAAUGCAAAGAAGAAAUUGACUAUAUAUUACAGAACAUGACGUUAAUUGGACGAGGCAGGGAUUCAAGAUUAUUUGUUAGAACCAGUGUGUGGAAAUAUGGGUUCUAGAAUCAGAGAGAAUCCAGAGAAAAUCUAUGAAGUUUUCAUGGAAAUAGGAAAAGCCAAUGGAGAACAUGAAGAGCCUUUUUUAAUACAAAAUUACCCAAGGGACUACAGUGAUGAGGAAGUUCUUAAGUCUGUUCCCAAAUUUGCGUUUCCAUGCGACACUGAAAGGUACACGACUACGGUGGACCACUUCACAUUCGUACUUACAGAGAUAGAUAGUACACUCAAGUUUGUCUUUUGUCGUCACGCAACGGGGGCCCAAACAUGUCUGUGUAUUGUCAGUUACUUCCCCUGGUUCGAGAUCUUUUACAAUCUGCUGAACCAGUUGGCAGAGAUGUUGAACCACAACUACGAGAGAGAUAUGACUUCCUUUCUGAGAGCUGCCUAUGUCCAGGAUGUGCCAGCGCCUGGUGUUCCUGUUACCAUAGCAGCCAACCAAGAUAUGUUGAACUUCACUGCCCCAGAAGUAAAUAAAUUGCCAAGUAUACCUUCAAAUAGAAACCUAACAGAGUAUUACAAUGCUAUGGACACUGCCAACAUGAUGAUUGUGUUUGCCAGUAUGCUGAAUGAGAGAAGAAUAAUUGUGACGUCUCGUCGCCUGUCGCGCCUGACUGCCUGUAUCCACGCCUCGGUGUCGUUGCUCUACCCUAUGUUCUGGCAGCACCUGUUUAUCCCCAUACUUCCAGCUCACCUUUUAGAUUAUCUCAGUGCACCAAUGCCGUAUGUGAUAGGGGUACAUGCCACACUAGUACAGAAAAUGAAGAUGUCUGAACUGGGCGAUGCUAUUAUAGUGGAUGUAGACAACAAUACUGUACAAUCUGAGUAUGAAGACUUGGAGGAUCUCCCCUCUGAUAUAUCCUCUUACCUGAAGCGCCAUCUGAAGGGAGAUAAAGUGAGGGUAUCCAUGCAGACAUCUGGGGAUGCCAUUCCCAAAGCAUUCCUUAUGGCUCUAGUCCGACUGAUAGGUGGGUACAGAGAUGCAUUACGAUUUAAACCAGGAGAACCUAUAACCUUUGACCCGGAAGCAUUUGUACUGUCACGACCUCAAUCCAUGCAGCCAUUCCUAGAGAAUAUGCUUCAACUUCAAAUUUUCCAACAGUUUAUCAACGAACGUCUGGACAUGCUCAACUGUGGCCAGGGCUUCAGUGAUAUUUUUGAAGCUGAGGCUCUGCAAAAUGCUGACAAACUCAAUACUCAGUCCCGUUAUAAAGAGUGGCUCACUAAUAUGAAGAAACAGGGCAAUAAGUUUCAAAAAGGUGGAAAAGACAUUUGGGCUGGCAUCAAAGAAAAGGCGGCACCUGUUAUGUCUAGCGCCGUUCAUUCUGUCAAGUCACAAGGCAAGAAAGCAUACACAGGUAUAAAGAACAAAAUGGCUGAUUUAAAGAAGGAGGAUGAACCUGCUAAUAUGAAGACUAAAAGCAUGAAAUCUCCGUCCACCCAAAAAAUGACCUCGCGCGAUCGCCCCUCCACUGUUAUAGGCCAGCCACUGAAAACACUGCGUCCUCCCAGACCCUCGAUGCUGUCCUCGCCGACAGGAGACAAGCUGAUUGUUGCAUCCUCAUCACAGGACAGGAUAUCAAGAUAUAAGAUGAUCACAGUAGAAGAAAAGGUUUAUGAUGACUCUGAUGUAGAGUUAUCAUACAACAGGGUUAGUGUGAAUCUUUUGAGUGACCCAGAUAUACAGCAGGCACUGAACAGAGCUGCCAGUGCAGAAAACAUCGUCCGUAUGUCAGGCAAAACACAUCAACUGAUUGACCACUUAGACGGGACAUCGUCUGGUCCAUCCAGUGGUAGGAACUCUCCUUCCACGGUCAGCAGCUCCUCGGCUUUGGAGUACCAGGAGUCGGACAGUGCUGGAUUACACAGUCAGGCUAACAGAGACACGUUUGGGAAUGUGCCAUUUAUUGACAUCAGCUCAGAAGAUGAAUAUGUUGGCUUGUCCAAUUCAAGUGAUCAGUAUGUAAAACUAUCCUCGUCCUCCAGGAAUGUUUCCGCCUCUAAGUCGAGCCAGGAAGAUCAAAGUCGACCAGUUGCUCCUCCCCGGAGGUCCAGGAGUCCUCUUACAACGAUGACGGCAGACAGAUUAAUUAGUGAUAGAUCGAAGGGGGGAAGUCCACCACAUCCAGCCCCUCACAGGCCACAUGGCGCCCCCAAACCAAUACCUCGGCAAAGUAUAAAGCGUAAGAGUGAAGGAUUUCAACAGCAAAAACAACUGGAAACAGAGUCACUAAUGCAGUUUCAAAAUUUGGAGUUGGAGGAUAGUUUUGACCCAUUCAAAUCACCGACAUCACAGACAGUUGCUCAGAUAGACAAGUUAAAGGACUUAGCCUCACCAACUGAUGAUGAUGUCAACAAUGUGACUAGGACUCCAGCCUUCAGGAUGCCUGGAACUGGUGUUCCUAAGAGAUUAAGCAUGAAGAGAGAUAAAUCUUUAUCCCCGGAGAAAGACAGUAAUGCUGGUCAGAGCUUGUUGGAUUUUGACCCCCUGGCUAAUACCAGCCAGGGUCAGUGCUCUAUCCCCCAGAACACUGGGUCACAGGGUAACCCAACCUCUCCAGAACUUCUGCAGGAUUGGAACAUUGACCAUCUACAGACUAAAACAUAUGACCUGGGUCCGUUGCCCAAGCCAGGGUUUGUACAAAGGACAGCUGCCGAGUUUGCUCUCGGUUCGAGUGGUCAAAAUAAUAUAGGUGUGUCCUAUGGCAAGCGCCUCUCCCCUGCAGUCCUUCAACGCCCAUUCUCAGUCCAUACUGACCAUCAAUCAUCAUCCUCUAGUCCAUACUCUACCCUAACUCCAUACAACCCUCUCAGGGCCUCUAGCUACGGGCCUGUAACAUCAUCACCCAAUAUUCGUAAGGCAGGAACCUCACACUCCAGAGGCGUGGGAAAUGCUGACCCCUUUGCUGACUUGGUAGGAAUCCAGUUAGGGCCCACCAGUCAACCACCUGUCCCUAACAAGGGCGUGGCUUCCCCAGCAACACAAGUGAAUAAGUGGGAAACAUUUGAAUGAGAAACAGUGAUAUGUAUGUGAUGUUGUGUAUUUUUUGUUUUUCCAUGGUUAAAGCUGUAUGAUAAUGUGUAUUUACAACUGUACUCCAGCUGUUAGUUCCUCCAGUCUCGUAGCUCUCUAACUGACAUUGUAUAUCUCCCUCUGUCCUUAUUAGUCUGUCCAUCAUUCUAACUGACACUAUAUCUUUCUCUGCCUUUGUUAAGUCUGUCCACCAUUCUAACUGACAGUAUCUCUCCCUCUGUCUUUGUCAAGUCUGUCCACCAUUCUAACUGACAGUGUAUCUCCCUCUGUCCUUGUUAAGUCUGUCCAUCAUUCUUACUGACACUAUAUCUUUCUCUGCCUUUGUUAAGUCUGUCCACCAUUCUAACUGACAGUAUUUCUCCCUCUGUCUUUGUCAAGUCUGUCCACCAUUCUAACUGACAGUGUAUCUCCCUCUGUCCUUGUUAAGUCUGUCCAUCAUUCUUACAGACAGUAUAUCUCCCUCUGUCUUUGUUAAGUCUGUCCAUCAUUCUAACUGACAGUAUAUCUCCCUCUGUCCUUGUCAAGUCUGUCCACCAUUCUAACUGACAGUGUAUCUCUGUCUAUGUUUGUUAAGUCUGUCCACCAUUCUAACUGACAGUAUAUCUCUCUCUGUCCUUGUUAAGUCUGUCCAUCAUUCUAACUGACAGUAUAUCUCCCUCUGUCCUUGUUAAGUCUGUCCAUCAUUCUAAAUGACAGUAUAUCUCCCUCUGUCCUUGUUAAGUCUGUCCACCAUUCUAACUGACAGUAUAUCUCUCUCUGUCCUUGUUAGUCUGUCCACCAUUCUAACUGACAGUAUAUCUCCCUCUGUCCUUGUUAAGUCUGUCCACAAUUCUAAGUGACAGUAUAUCUCCCUCUGUCCUUGUUAAGUCUGUCCACCAUUCUAAGUGACAGUAUAUCUUCCUCUGUCCUUGUUAAGUCUGUCCAUCAUUCUAACUGACAGUAUAUCUCCCUCUGUCCUUGUUAAGUCUGUCCACCAUUCUAAGUGACAAUAUAUCUCCCUCUGUCUUUGUUAAGUGUGUCCAUCAUUCUUACAGACAGUAUAUCUCCCUCUGUCCUUGUUAAACCUAUCUAUUUGUACCUUUUUAGAGCAUAUCUUGUGUGUCAAUACAGUGAGGUUGUUGGUUAAGAGUUAUAACUACAGAUACUGGUACAACAGCAUCUCUAGACAAAGUUUUAUACUGUUGGACUAAUGUAUAUGUCAUCAUAGUGGUUAAAUGCAUUUUAUAUAUCUGCAGUAUUAACAUUCAAUUACAAAUAAAUCAAGGUUAACAAGCAAAAAAAACAACAGUUUGAGAUGAACAUUUUUGCAACACAGGUGUCUAGGGGAUCAAGUAUACUGUGAAGUUUGCUUAACGUAGAACUGCACAUUAGACACUAGUGCCACCAUUUCCUUAUAUGGAGUCUUUUUCUCCUUAUAUUUGUUGGCUUGUGCCUUUACUUAUCCACACAUUCAUCAGGAUGGCUUAAAAGUAAAAUACUCAUUAGUGUAAACUGUCUCAGACUAAUCCUCCUAACAUGGGAGACCAAAGAAGGAUAUAGUGAUAUUGAUAACUGCUCAAAGGAGAAAGUAACCUUGACUUAUUAAAUAUUAAUGUUUGUAC